GUGACUACCAUAGGGGGUACCCGUAGCUGACCCGGACCCGUCAUGAUUUAACGGCGGAUUUUUCAUUUCCUCGCGCUGAAUGAACACCGGGGACGUCCCACGUUCGCCUACGCUGUAUGAGAGGAAGCUCGAGGUUCCAGAGCAGCCAUGCCCGUCUCCCUGCUAUGGGCGGUGGACGUGUACGGACGGGUCUACAGCCUAUCCACAGCAGGGCAGCAAUGGGAGCAAUGUCGAGAUGCACAGAUGGAGUUCAAGCGGGUAACAGCAGCUCGGCAGUGCUGUUGGGGCAUCGCCUGUGACAACAACAUCUACCUGAACGUCCACGCCUCUGACCUGCCUGUCCGCUACCAGGAGGAGACCUAUGAGAACCAGCGAUGGAACCCUGUCGAUGGUUUCUCUGAGAGGUUGCUGCCAAGCGACCGCUGGCAGUGGAGUGAUGUCACAGGUUUGCAACAUCAGCCCUUGGAUGGCUUUAAGCUCCCCUCCAGCAGCUGGGAGUGGGAGGGCGACUGGUACGUGGAUGAAAACUUUGAGGGGGAGCCCACAGAGAAAGGGGGGUGGAGCUACGCCAUCGACUUUCCUGCUACCUACACCAAAGACAAGAAGUGGAACUCCUGUGUCCGUCGCAGGCGAUGGCUUCGCUACAGGAGGUACAAAGCCAUGGACACCUGGGCGAAGAUCCCCUCACAGCAGACGUCUCUACCUGAUCCCUUCAGCGACAUUAGCUGUGGAGGCUGGGAGAUCAGUGAGGAGCCCAGAGGACGACUGUCACUGUGGGCUGUGUCUCUGCAGGGCAGGGUGUGGUUCAGAGAGGGAAUCUAUCACCAAAACCCAGAGGGCUCUUCGUGGGAGGAGGUGUCUCUCCCUGGGGAGGUGGUCCAGAUCAGCUGUGGCCCAGGGGAUCUGGUCUGGGCGGUGCUGUGGGAGGGGCAGCUCAUCGUCAGGGAGGGGAUCGGCAGAGAUUGUCCCAAAGGUACCUCCUGGGCUGUGGUGGAGUCUCCAAGUCCGGAUGUGGGAGCCACUCAUGUAGCUGUGGGAGUCAACGUUGUUUGGGCUUUAACCAAGGAUAACAAAGUGUGGUUCAGACGAGGCGUGAACUCCCACAACCCCUGUGGCUCCGGCUGGAUCAGCAUGGUGGGAGAAAUGAUCAUGAUCAACGUUGGACUCAACGACCAAGUGUUGGCUAUCAGCUCUGAGGAUCGGGCGGUGUGCUUCCGACAAGGUGUGACCACUAGUGAACUGAGUGGAAAAACCUGGAAGGCCAUCAAUGUCCCCAGAGACGGAGACAGAUCUCACUCCAGUGCGAGCGGAAGCAGCUUGCAGAGUGCUGGCUGUUAUUUCUGCGGUGAGGUCCAGGCUCACUCAGCUGCAAGUGAUGCUGAAUCUGAUCCAGACAAGGCAUCUACAGAUGGAGCCAACUGCCUUGUCACCUCCACCUCCCCUGAGUCCUUUGUGGACGCCCCAACAGACCAACUGACAGAGACCCCCAAACCCCGCAUUCCUAAAGUAACCAGCGACAGCUUCAUCUCUGAGCUUGUCUCUGACCGAGGACCAGGAAAAAGCUCCAGAGAAGCCGCUUCAGAUGUUCUGGAGGAAGAGACUAUCACUGAGGAUGGAGAGGUUAAAGCCCCCUCCGAUGGUGCAGCUGUUUCCCCCAGCCAGUCUGGAGCUCCUCUUGACCCCCAGUGGAGCAACGUGGAUCUGGAGGAGGCACAGAGUCAGCAAGCUCAGACGGGACUGGUGCUGGACUCGGCCGACACCUGCAGUCUGUCAUCGGUGGCCACGUACACUUUGGCCAUGGACGAUCCGUACGGGGCAGACGAGCACCCUCUGUGGGCGUGGGUCAGUGCAGGAGGCUGCUCUGUGGACAGUCAUUCCCAACUCAACUGGUUCAACAGUUCUAUAAACACUUCCUCAUUGGUACAGUCAGUCCAGUCCAUGAGUUUGUCCAUCACCCCAGCACAGACAGCAGCCUGGAAGAAACAAAUCUUUGAGCAGCUCAAUGACAGGGCCAAAAGGGAGAUGGAGAAUUUCAGACACUACGAACAAGCCAUAGAACAGUCUGUGUGGGUUAAAAAGGGAACCAUGCAGUGGUGGAGGGACUGGAAGCCCUACAAAUGGAUGGACGUCCAUUUUGCUCUGGAGCAGUUUUCAGGACCAGAGGGCAACAAGGACGGCAUCCUUUUCAUCUAUUACAAUUUCUAUGAGGAGAAGAAGUACCUACAUGCCUUUAUUAAUGAGAUCACCAUCCUGGUUCCUGUGUUGAAUGACUACAAACAUACUUUUGCCAUCUAUACUCCUGAGCGGACCAAACAGAGGUGGCCAAUCAGAGUGGCUGCUGCUACAGAACUGGAGAUGCAUGACUGGCUGGCUUUGUUGAGUGUGUCGUGCUGUGACUCCAGGGGGAUCCAGGGUCCCCCCUCCAAACAGGCCAUCUGGUCCAUCACCUGUAAAGGGGACAUCUUUGUCAGUGAGCCUUCUCCUGCUCUGGAGGCCAUGCCUUACCCCACACCCUGUGAUCAGAUGUUCUGGCGGCAGAUUGGCGGUCACCUCCGUAUGAUCGAGUCCAACAGUGCUGGCAUAGUGUGGGGGAUCGGCUAUGAUCACACAGCCUGGGUCUACACUGGGGGAUACGGUGGAGGCUUCCUCCAGGGACUGGCCAGCAGCACAGAUAACAUUCACACACAGGUGGAUGUGAAGAGCGUCUAUAUCUAUGAGAACCAGAGGUGGAACCCCGUCACUGGCUACACCAACAGAGGGCUGCCUACAGACCGUUACAUGUGGAGUGAUGCAUCAGGACUGCAUGAGUGCACAAAAACAAACACAAAACCUCCGUCUCCUCAGUGGACAUGGGUGUCAGACUGGGCCAUCGACUACAGCGUUUCUGGAGGGACUGACAGAGAGGGCUGGCAAUAUGCUGCAGAUUUUCCAGCGUCAUAUCACGGCCAUAAAACGAUGAAGGACUUUGUGCGUCGCAGGCGAUGGGCUAGGAAGUGCAAACUGGCCACGACUGGACCAUGGCAAGAAAUCCCCCCCAUACCCCUGAGUGACGUGACGAUCCUGCCGUGUGCAUCUCAGAGCAGCGUGGACGUGGUUCCUUUGUGGGCGAUCAGCAACAAGGGUGAUGUGCUCUGCCGGCUGGGAGUCACUACUCUGACACCUGCUGGAUCCUCGUGGCUCCAUGUGGGAACCGACCAGCCUUUCAAGUCCAUCUCCAUCGGAGCAGCCAGCCAGGUUUGGGCCAUUGCCAGGGAUGGUUCUGCCUUUUACAGGGGAUCUGUGUCUGCACAAAACCCAGCAGGAGACUCCUGGUAUCACAUCCCCUCACCAGCCAAGCAGAAGCUGAAGCAGGUGUCAGUUGGGAGGACUUCUGUCCAUGCAGUGGAUGAAAAUGGUAACCUGUGGUACCGACAAGGUGUGGCCCCCAGCUACCCUCAGGGCUCCUCCUGGGAACACAUCUCUAAUAAUGUGCGCAAGGUCUCUGUGGGGCCUCUAGACCAGGUGUGGAUCAUAGCAGAUAAAGUUCAGGGAAGCCGCAGUCUGAGCUGUGGAACUGUUUGUCAUCGACUCGGAGUCCAGCCAAUGGAGCCUAAAGGACAGUCGUGGGACUACGGCAUUGGGGGUGGAUGGGACCACAUCACCGUGAGAGGGAACUCUGUGGAGCCGCCCCGUCUCCCCUCUCUAACAGAACCGUCCCAAACGUAGAGCUUCAUCCCUUUAAGGAACACAAAGGGUCAACGACGACGCUUUCAGGCGCUAGAGAAUGAUAAGUGCAUGCUGCCUACUUCCUUUGUACUGAUGGUCAUGAAAUGU